AUGAACAGUAUUCACAACGCCGCCAUGCCUCGAAUGCGCGGAGGCCCAAGACGGCCCUGUUCUUCCCAGGGCGUCCAGAAGGUCGGCAUGAUCGACCCCUGGCUCGAGGCCUUCCCGCGCACCGCCGCCCCGAUCAUCGACGAGAUCGACUCGGUCCUGGGCUACUCGCUGACGCGCAUCAUCCGCGAGGGCCCCAACUCGCUGCUCUCGGCCACGCCCCACGCCCAGCCCGCCAUCAUGGCCACCUCGGUGCUGAUCCUGCGCAUCCUCGAGGUCGAGUUCUGCUUCGACGUCGCCGCCCGCAUCGACUUCACCCUCGGCCACAGCCUGGGCGAGUUCGCCGCCCUCGUCGCCAGCGGCCACCUCGCCUUCGAGGACAGCCUGCGGCUCGUCCAGAGGCGCGCAGAGGUCAUGGCCGCCGCCACCGCCGCCGCCCGCAGGGACUACGGCGGCGAGUACGGCAUGGUCGCCAUCGUCACCGAGCCCGAGUACCUGCCCCCCCUCAUCGACGCCGUCGAGAACUUUGUCGCCUACCCCAGCAGCGACAAGGCCGACAGCGGCGCCGACAGCGACGUGCCCCCCAUCGAGCAGGUCCUCAUCGCAAACAUCAACUCCAAGAACCAGAUCGUCCUCAGCGGCAACAUGGCCAAGAUCAAGACCCUCGUCGCCCACGUCCGCCAGUACCUCGGCCACGACCCCCGCGCCGUGCGCCUCAACAGCGACUCGCCCUUCCACAGCCCCCUCAUGAAGCCCGCCGUCGCCACCAUGCGCUCGCUGCUCGCGGGCGAGAGCCGCGCCCCCGGCCGCGCCGGCGAGGACAUGGUCGCCUGGCCGGGCAAGGUCCGGUGCAUCAGCAACGUGUCGGCGCGGCCCUUCGGCUCCAGGGCCGAGCUCAAGGACCUGCUGGCCCGCUCGUGCCUCGAGACCGUGCGCUGGUGGGACAGCAUCAGGUACGUCGACCAGCACGAGAAGGUCCGCCGCUGGAUCGGCAUCGGGCCCGGCAAGGUGGGGCGCAACCUCGUCGGCAAGGAGGUCGGCAUGCGGGGCACCGACGCCGUCAAGGGCGGCGGCGUGUGGGCCAUCACGGACCCUUCUGACAUCCACGCCAUGCUGAGGGGCCUGGAGGAGACGGAUCCCCUGCUGGAGGAGGAGGAGCGGAUCAUUGGCGACGAGCCCUGA